UGAACUGCAAUUAGGUGUACAAGAUCUUAUAAGUGGUUCUGGAAGUGCUACUGGUAAAUUAACUUUAUUAUGAAAAUUCCUGGAUCCACAAGUGCAUAACAUGUUGACAGACAAGCACACUCGUUAGGUAACAUACAUUACAUUGGACGUAUAUGUAUAUCUAAAGUAGCACACUUCUACAGAAAUGAACUGCCAUAUCUAGCACAAUAUUACAUCUGUUUCUGCCAUUAUUUUCCAUAUACACGUAACUCCCAACUACUCACCUCCUUUUUAUAUUAUUUAUUUAUUCUGUAGAGUUCUUUAAAAAAACUUUGACUUUCUUAUUUUAUGACUUUGAUAGGUGCUGGUAAAAAAGAAGUCAUACUGUUGCCAUCUGGUGGAUAAUAGCGUAGAAAGUACUAUCAAGUGGAGGGUAAUGAGGAGACCAGUAGCUCCAGUACUUCAGAGGGUGAGGUGAUGAAACCUUACAAUGUGAAACUGUCUGGUGGAUUACACAUUGGACAGCAGGUUUUUGUCAAGGGCUGUGUAAAUUCAGAGGCAGACAGAUUUCACAUCAACCUGCAGACUUCAAAAAGUGAGGAUGCCAAUGUCUUGCUGCACUUCAACCCUCGCCAGAGUCAGAACUGUGUGGUGCGGAACACCAGGGUGGACGGGGGUUGGCAGGAGGAGGAGAGGGAGGGGCCAGACUUCCCCUUCUCCGAGGGUGCUGAUUUUGAAGUCCGGAUCUUGGUCAGGGAUUAUGGCUAUGAAGUGUUUGUGAAUGGAAAAUUCUUCUGUAGCUACAACCACCGAGGCUCCUUUGAGGAUGUCAAAGCAGUCAGUGUCCAUGGUGAUGCACAAUUCUAUGAGAUCGGAGCAUUUGAUAAGCUGAACAUGCCAUAUACAGGCUGGAUACCCAAGAAAAUGAAGGAAGGCAGAGCUGUCAGGAUAAGAGGUGUUGUCAAACCAGACCCAUACAGGUUUGACAUCAACCUGCUCUGUAGCUCUGGUGACAAUUCCUUCCACUUCAAUCCCCGCUGGGACCAGAACGAGAUUGUCCGUAAUGCCAACCUUGGCGGCUGGGGUGGGGAGGAGAGAGAGGCGCCAUUUUUCCCAUUCCAAGCUGAGGAGAUGUUUGAUGUUUUGAUCACAGCUGUGGAGGGGAAAUACAGGGUUUAUGUGAAUGGAGAGUAUUUCCUGGACUUUGACUACCGUUGUGAUGUCAAUGAUGUAGACAGGAUUGCAAUCAACGGAGAUGUGGAGCUUAUACAAGUGGAGUUCAUGAAACACCAGGCCAAGCACCACUACUGGGAAAUCCCCCACAGUAUUAGCCCAGGAGACUGUGUGGUAGUGAAAGGUGUGGUGAAAGAGGGGGCUGAUAGAUUCCACAUCAACCUUCAACAAGACCGUCAUGGCGACUCCCCAAUUGCUCUUCACUUCAACCCGCGCCAGGGUCAGGACACCAUCGUACACAAUCAUUUUCAGGAUGGAAAUUGGGGUGAGGAGGAGAGGUGCGACUUUGACUCAGCUCUUGGCCAUAACAAGCCAUUCCUAUUGGUCAUCAUGGCCACUGAUGAAGAUUACAGGGUAUUUUUGAAUGGUAAGAAGCUGUCUGUGUUUAGCCACCGCAUGCCAAUGGAGGAUGUCCGCUUUGUGGCCAUUGAUGGGGAUGCAGAUUUCUACACUGUCCAAGUGGUCAAGAACAAGGGUCCCCAGGGUAGUCAGCUGAUCCCUGGGGAGAUGGUGGAUGACAGGUGGAUCACAGUCUGUGGUGUGGUUAACAAUGAUGCUGACAGAUUCCACAUCAACCUGCAAUGUGGUGAACCCUCUGAGGCGGACAUUGCCCUGCACUUUAACCCACGAAUGUCACAGGACUGCGUUGUCCGUAAUUCCUUGGAAAAUGGCGGGUGGCAGGAGGAGGAGAGGGACGCUCCCUGCAUGCCCUUCCCACAGGGAGAAAUCUUUGAGGUCGUCUUUGGGGUCAAGGAAGAUAAGUUCAAGGUAUAUGUGAAUGGCCAUCGCUUCAUAGAGUACUCUCAUCGUAUGCCAAGAGAAAGGAUUACCCAUGUAACCUGUGAGGGAGACGCUGCCUUUCUUCCAGUUAUGUUUCAGUGAAUACACAAAUCUAGAGAAGACAGUAAUAGACAUACUCUAGCUGCUUGGCCUUUGGGGAAAAUAAGAGAAAAUAUUGGAAGAAAUCAAUCCGUCUGUUCUUCCCUACAAAAAGUAUAGAAAAUCCAUCUGCUGCAAUGUUUCUGUGAUAUGACUUUUCUUUGGUUUUCUUCAUUUGAUAUCAACACCAUCUAUAAUAAAAAAAGAAAACUUUACAAAUAUGUUACAAUUUGCUUUUCCCCCUAUUCCUAAGCAUUUGACGUAUUUCUGAAAGACCAGUUCCAGAUGUUGGGGGUAUGGACCUCUAUUAUGCUUGAUAUUUAAUCCUACUGUCAAAAAGUUUUAGCCUGUUGAACUUAUAAACUACAUAAAUGAGAAAAAUAAAUAGCCCAAAUCUUAA